AUGAUUUCAAGAUUUAAUUCAUUCAAAAGGACUCAUAUUAUACUCCAGCAUUUGGGAAUGUCCAAACAUACAGAUGCAGCAGAAGAGGUUCUAUUGGAAAGAAAAGGUUGUGCAGGAGUGAUCACGCUAAACAGACCCAAGUUCUUAAAUGCACUGAAUUUGACUAUGAUUCAGAAGAUUUAUCCACAGUUAAAGAAGUGGGAACAAGAUCCUGAAACUUUCAUGAUCAUUAUAAAGGGAGUUGGAGGAAAAGCAUUCUGUGCUGGUGGUGAUAUCAGAGAGGUCUCAAAUGCUGGAAAGACAAAACAGAAGCUAGCUCAAGAUUUCUUCAGAGAAGAAUAUACAGUGAACAAUGCCAUUGAUUCCUGCCGUAAACCCUAUGUUGCACUUAUUCAUGGAAUUACAAUGGGUGGAGGAGUUGGUCUCUCAGUUCAUGGGCAAUUCCGAGUGGCUACCGAAAAGACUCUCUUUGCAAUGCCAGAAACAGCAAUUGGGCUAUUUCCCGAUGUAGGUGGAGGUUAUUUCUUGCCAAGACUUCAAGGAAAACUUGGUUACUUCCUUGCUUUAACAGGAUUCAGACUAAAAGGAAGAGAUGUGCUAAAAGCAGGAAUUGCUACACACUUUGUCGAUUCUGAAAAGUUGGACAUGCUAGAGGAAGAUUUGUUAGCCCUGAAAUCUCCUUCAGAAGAAAAGAUUGCAAAUGUUUUAGAAACUUACCAAGCAAAGUCCAAGAUUGAUCAAGACAAGCCUUUCAUACUGGAGGAACACAUGGAUAAAAUAAACAGUUGUUUUUCAGCCAAUACAGUGGAACAGAUUAUUGAGAAUUUACAGCAAGAUGGUUCAUCUUUUGCCCUAGAACAGCUAAAGAUAAUUAAUAAAAUGUCUCCAACAUCCUUAAAGAUCACGCUAAGACAACUCCUAGAGGGGUCUUCAAAGACAUUGCGGGAGGUAUUAACUAUGGAGUAUCGGAUGAGUCAAGCAUGUAUGGGAGGUCAUGAUUUUCAUGAAGGCGUUAGAGCAGUUUUAAUAGAUAAAGACCAGAGUCCGAAGUGGAAACCAGCUGAUCUAAAAGACGUUACUGAUGAAGAUGUGAAUACUCACUUUAAAUCUCUGGGAAGCAAUGAUUUGAAAUUUUGAGGUGACUGUCCUUUUAAGCUAUUAUUUUGUAGCAGGUGAUAGCAAACUAUGGCCUAUGGGCCAAAUCUGGCCUUACCCAUUUUUAUACAGUCUGUAAGC